AUGACCAGCCAGUCUCAGGGGAUCCAGCAGCUCCUUCAGGCAGAAAAAAGAGCCAAAGACAAGCUAGAUGAAGCAAAAAAGAGAAAAGGAAAGAGAUUGAAACAAGCUAAGGAAGAGGCAAUGGCAGAAAUUGAUCAAUACCGAAUGCAGAAAGAUAAAGAGUUUCGGAUGAAACAAUCUAAGGUAAUGGGCUCUCAGAGCAGCCUUGCGGAAGAAAUAGAAGAGCAAACGCUGGAAAAAAUACAAGAACUGAGAGGAAGCUACAACAAGUGUAUGGAGAGUGUGAUGAGCCAGCUUUUGAGCAUGGUCUAUGACCUGAAACCAGAAAUCCAUGCAAACUACAGACCAAUCAUCUAA